GAGCCUUCCUCCAGAUCCGUAACGCACGUUUAGAAGUAUUCUGCACCUGCUAAUGUGGCUUCCCUUGCGUACUGGUAUGCCGCGCACUACGAAGAGAGGUCACUUCGAGCCAUCGAGGACUUCGCCAACUGUCGCGUAGAGCAUGGACGCACUUGUCGCCGCUGCCUCUGCACAGGUCAACCAGUGCACAGACUCUAACGCCUCGAUGGCUCACGAAAGGUCUGCCGAGGUGCCCAGGGGCGAUUCCCGUCUUGGAACGGGGAACAUCGUCGAUCGGACUGGAAAGGCGCGAGGAGGAGAGGGCGUCGCAGUCAGCGGGCAAGCCCGGUGACUGCGGUGGAGGUCGACGCGUCCCUAAAGGGAGCCUACGGCGACCGGGAGGACGCAAGAGAGAGAGAAGAACGGAGACGAAUGUGCAGAUGAAAGACCUGGUAUACAUCGAUUCGAAGUACGGUACCGUUACGUGCGAGCAGGAAUAUAGCUUACGUAAUCUACCAGGCGGCUACUCUACGAUGCAUGAAGGUCCAGCUCCCCUUAUACGCCU